AUGUCGGCUGUCCAACUCCCACCAAGAAAAAUCCCAGAGUCGUUGCGAGAACAUUUGGACGAACUUGUCAAGCUUGAGGUCAUAGAACGAGUAGACUAUCCAACAGACUGGGUCAGCGCAAUUGUUGUUGCACCAAAACCCAAUGGCAAAAUUAGAUUAUGCCUCGAUCCCAGACCACUCAAUAAAGCGCUGAAACGAUGCCACCAUCCAAUACCGACAAUUGACGACGUACUUCCAGAACUGUCCAAUGCAAAAGUCUUUACCAAAGUCGACUGUAGCAACGGAUAUUGGCAAGUAGAAUUAGACAAAGAAUCGUCUCUUUUAACGACGUUCAACACUCCAUUUGGACGAUUUAAAUGGCAACGGAUGCCUUUCGGGAUCUCCCCUGCAGGAGAGAUUUUCCAGCAACGACUAGACCAAGCAAUUGAGGACUUGGAUGGUGUACGGACUGUUGCUGAUGACAUUUUAGUAAUAGGAAAUGGAGAGACGAUGCAGGAAGCUGUAGCCGACCAUGACAGAAAGCUCAAGGAACUAUUCGACCGCUGCAGAGCUAAACAUAUCAAGCUUAACCCAAACAAGAUUGAGUUGAAAAAGACCUCAAUGCCAUACAUUGGCCACAUUCUUACCUCUGACGGUGUCCAAGCGGAUCCUGCUAAAGUACAAGCCAUACUAGAAAUGAAGCAACCCACAGACGUGGCUGGAGUCAGGAGAAUCCUCGGAACAGUUAAUUAUCUCGCCAAGUUCCUUCCCCACCUCUCACAAGUAUCUGAACCACUACGGCAACUCACAAAAAAGAAUCAGCCUUUCGAUUGGGAGAAAUCACAUGACGCCGCUUUCACCCAAAUAAAGAAAUUGAUCAUAGAACCGCCAGUCCUCAAGUACUACGAGUCGACCAAACCCCUGAUAAUACAGUGUGACGCUAGCGACCACGGCCUGGGGGCCGCACUCAUUCAAGAGGGAAAGCCUGUCGCACUUGCAAGCCGAGCAUUGACGCACGCAGAGAAACAAUACGCUCAGAUAGAAAAGGAACUGUUAGCUAUAGUUUACGGAACCGAGCGUUUUCACCAGUAUACAUAUGGCCGACCAGUUACAGUAGAAUCAGACCACAAGCCGCUCGAAGUUAUUCAUCAGAAACCUCUGUCAGCAGCACCUAGACGUCUUCAAAAGAUGAUGAUGAGAUUACACCAAUAUGACUUAACCCUCGUUUAUAAGAAAGGGUCAGAGAUGCUGCUAGCUGACACACUCAGUCGUCACCAUUUAGACAACUCCACCGACGAAGCACGCAACGUCGACAGCGAUCUCGACCAAGUGGACAGUUUGGAAGAAAUCAACGAAAUACUAAAUUGUGAAACAACAACCAUAUUCCAAGAUCACACAACGAAAGAUCAAGACCUACAGCAAGUCAAAUCAUUCAUCCAGUCAGGAUGGCCCGAAAGCUCCAAAGAUCUAUCUCCAAUAAUCACCCCGUACUUCCAUUUACGAGACGAAUUAACAACACAAGAGGGCCUCGUGUUUAGGGGAGAUCGCGUCGUUAUCCCAAAAUCACUACGAAAGCAAGUACUGAAUGAAUUGCAUGCAGCACACCAAGGGAUCGCAUCGACAAGUCGGCGAGCCAGAGAAACCGUCUACUGGCCACACCUGAACCAAGAAUUGAAAGACCACAUCUCACAUUGCAUCACCUGUGACACAUUCAAUUCCAAGCAGCCGAAAGAACCUCUCAUCCCGCAUGAAAUACCAAAAAGAGCAUGGGCAAAAUGA